UUUGUUUCCGCCUAACUUGCGAGUUCAAAGUUUUGAACUCAGGAACAGAGUGGGAAAGAGGAGAGAGAAGAAAUGGAGGCGAAAAGUCCAUCUGAAUGUCCAAACACAGUCACCGUCCGGCGAAACCCUCACAGAAGAGCGAGGCCUACACCUUCUGCUUCCAUAAACCCUAAUCCCAAUGCUCAAAAUCCAAAUAUGAAAAGAGAAAUCUCUUCAUUCCCAAUUCAAGACAUUCUUGCAAUGGAAAUCCCUCAAAAGAACCCACCAGAACCACCAGCACCUGCUACCUCAGAAGACCUUAAAGUUUAUCUUAGAAUUCGACCCAUUGUUACGCUUAAGCCAAACACCAAAGAUCAAAAAAUUUUUAGGCAAAGACAGAAAAACGCUUGGCCUCAAAACCCUUCAUCCAAAAACAAUAGUGCGAACGUAAAGAAAAACAACACCACCACCACCACUAGUAGUAGUAAUGAGGUUUGUAUAGAUGUCAAUGAUUCUCAUUCGGUUACUCUAUCACCACCUGCAUCCUUACAAGACUCUAAAAGAAUUAAAUCCGAGGUUUAUGAAGGAUUUUCUCAUGUUUUUGCCUCCGAUUCCACUCAGAAUGAGGUGUUUGAGAAGAUGGUGAAGCCAUUAGUGGAUGAUUUUCUUAAUGGAAAAAGUGGACUGUUAGCUGCAUUAGGUCCAAGUGGUUCAGGGAAGACUCAUACAGUUUUUGGGACUCCUAGGGAGCCUGGGAUGGUUCAUCUAGCACUAAAACAGAUUUUUAAGGAGGCUCAGCAAUGUGGUUCUAAGUUGACAAGGGAAUUCAAAGUAUCUGUUUUUGAAAUAUAUUCAGAUCGAGGUAAGGGAGAGAAAAUCUCUGACUUAUCCCCAGAUGGAGGUGAUUUGUCUAUGCAGCAGGCUACCAUUAAAGGUCUCCAAGAGGUUGCCAUUUCUAGUGCUGCACAGGCAGAAUCCUUGAUAGCUUGUGCAAUGUUGAAACGCACAACAGCCAUGACCAAUACGAAUAGCCAAUCAAGCCGGUCACAGUGUAUCAUUAACAUCCACAGUUUUGUCAGAGAUCCAGAUGUUGAACCAAACAAUGCUGUCCUUACCAUUGUUGAUCUCGCUGGAGCAGAGCGCGAAAAGAGAACUGGCAAUCAGGGGUCAAGAUUGAUCGAAAGUAAUUUCAUCAAUAAUACAUCAAUGGUUUUUGGCCUAUGUCUUAGAUCACUAUUGGAGCACCAGAGUAAUCCCAAGAAACCAUUAAAGAUGCACUUCAAGAACUCCAUGUUGACUCGGUAUCUACGAGAUUAUCUAGAAGGAAAAAGAAGAAUGACUUUGAUAUUAACAGUAAAACCAGGAGAACAUGACUAUUCCGAUACAUCCUACUUAUUAAGACAAGCUUCUCCUUUUAUGAAAAUCAAGUUCACUAAUGUUGAGGAACCAUCUAUGUUUCUUAACAAGAGGAACAUUGAAAUGUUGCCUAGAGUUGAACAGGCAAAAAAAAUGAAAUGCAGUGGACGGUAUGCAAAGACCGAGGAAGGAAAAAGUGUUAGAGACGAACACCCACUCUUGCCAAAAGUUACCAAAAGAAUCUACACAUCGGACUCUGUUUGUGCUGCUCUAGUCAAGCCUGACUCUAUUGAUUUGCCAAGGGAGAGAAACCAUCAAGUCAUGCAAAAUUUUGCGAAAGCUUUAUGGAAUGUCUUGAAGCAAUAUAAAGAAAAACUCAUGGUGGCAGAAAGGGAAAUCCAAGGUCUCAAUGAGAUUAUUGGAAAUGAAAAGACAAGAUAUUUUAAGCUAGAAAAGGAGCUCAAGGAUUUUAAAUCAUACUGUUCUUGCUCCAUGGAAAACUCAACGGUGUCCACCUUGGUUAACAUAGAUACCAAGAGCAAAGCCCUUGACCCCAGGUGUCACAAUGACUUUGAACCUGGAAAUGAUCAAGAUGUAUUUGCUGAGGCACCUGAAUGCAAUACAACUCAAAAAUUUGAUGGUACCCCUGGGCAUGAUCAAAAUAUAAUUUUUGAGAUAGAGGAGAGUGCUCAUUUUCUGAACCUUAAGGCAUCUGAAUGCGAUGGUUCUCCAAGAAAAGAUCGAGAGGCAACUCCUAAAAAAUGUGACUCCACCCCAAUACAGGAUCAAAAUGUAAUUUAUGAGAUAAAGGAGAAAGAUCAUUUUCUAAACCUCAAGGCAUUUGAAUGUGAUGGUUCUCCAAGAAAGGAUCAGGGUGCAACUAAAAAAUACGAUUACACCCUAGGACAUGAUCAACAUGUAUUUUCUCAGAUAAAGGAGAAAGAUCAUUUUCUAAACCUCAAGGCAUCUGAAUGCAAUGGUUCUCCAAGAAAGGAUCAAUGUGCAACUAAAAAAUGCGAUUACACCUUAGGACAUGAUCAAAAUGUAUUUUUUCAGAUAGAGGAGAAAGAUCAUUUUCUAAAUCUCAAGGCACCUGAAUGCAAUGGUUCUCCAAAAAAGGAUCGAGGUGCAACUAAAAAUUGCGAUUACACCACAGGAAAUGAUCAAUAUGUAUUUUCUCAGACGGAGGAGCAUGUUCAUUCUCUAAAUCGUAGGGCAUCUGAAUGCGAUGGUUCUCCGAAAAAGUAUCAGGAUGUUGUUACUAAGAAAUCUUUGGAUCCAUCUGUAUCACCCAAAGAUGUCGCAUCCAUUCAAAAGUGCAACCUUGAUGUGCCAGAAAGUGAAUUACUGUCAGAUAGUUCUUGCAAACCAUUGAAUGUUUUGAAACCAAAAAGGAGACUGUUGCCUGCCUCUUCUACAUUACUGAGGGAUAUCCCUUUGGGCAUUGAGGAUGAAUCUGAGAAGCCAAAAAUUCCAUAUCUGUUUGCUAUGCAGGGAAAUAGAGGUGCGAAGAAAUCGGCAGCAGAUGAAACAAAAAGAACUCAGGGCAGCAUCUCUCUCUUGCGUUUGCUUCAAAGCAAUCUUCAUGUCUAGCAUUAGCUGCUGCAUCUAGAAAGAUUGCCUUUUGGUCAUAUUUUUUUUUUUGUUUUGGGUUCCAACAAAAAUUAAAGUAAAAUAGUUGAUUAUACAGCAAUUUGUAUAGAAAAUGCAAGUAAAUAUAAGUUGCUGGAAGAAGGAAUGUAAGCUUUUGUUGCGACGUUGAGGCUCUGAGUAACCUUUUGGGUUUGUCUAGUUUCUAAUCAAAGAACGAGGGCUUUAUAAACAGAAUGCUGCAUUGUACUAGGCUUGGAUUCUUGUUUGUUCAUUGCCUUGCGGAAAUGUUGUUUGCCGCUGAUCUUGAAGUUGUUCAUAUAGAAUGAGUCUCGGAUCGUUUGUAAUGGAGAUGUAUGUUAGCUGAUUUCUUUCUUGAUGGCUGAACUUUGAAUGGAUGACUUUCGAUUUUUAUGA